CCCCCGACCGCCGCCCCCCCGGCCGGGCCCAGCGGGCCCGCGACCGCGACCGCGCCGCCCGAGGCAGUCACCGAGGAUGAGCCGCUGCAAAACGAGGCGGACAACCAGGAGAACAUCCUGUCCCAGUUGCUAGGUGACUAUGACAAGGUGAAGGCCGUCUCUGAAGGCUCAAACUGUCAGUGUAAGUGUGUGGUCAGACCUCUGGGCCGUGGGGCAUGCCAAAGGAUUAAUGAAGGCACUUUCAAAGCAGAGGAUUUCUAUACCGUGGAAACCAUCACUUCAGGACCUGACUGCAAGUGUGCCUGCGUGGCUCCACCUUCUGCUCUGAAUCCUUGCGAGGGGGAUUUCAGAUUGAAGAAGCUCCGAGAAGCAGAAAGCAGUGAUCUCAAGCUCUCCUCCAUCAUAGAGAUGCUAGAAAAUGCUUUCUAUGGCUUAGACCUACUCAAGCUGCACUCAGUCACAACAAAGUUGAUAGGCCGAGUGGAAAAACUUGAAGAGGAAGUAUCCAAAAACUUCACUCAAGAAAGCAACCUGGUCAGAGGGAACGUAGAUGAAGUUCUGAGUGAGCGGAACAAGCGGCACAAGGAAAACUGUUCUGACAUCCUCUCCAACAGCCUCCCAGAUAUUGGGAGCUCACUGCAGAGGGACGCUGCAGCUGCAUACACCCACGCUGAGGGAAAAUAUGAAGAAAGAUUCCUGCAAGAUGAAACGAUUUCCCAGCAGAUCAAUUCAGUUGAAUCCUUACAAGAGCUGCAUGCCGCCCCUGAAGAAGAGAAACCAAAGCAACUCCUGCAAAGGAAGCUGCAUGUGGGGAGCAAGAUCCCUUCCAAGCCUACCAUCAUUCGAGGCAUCACUUAUUAUAAGGCCAAGUUCACAGACUCCGAGAAUGACAUUGAGGAACAGGAUGAGUUUUUCAGCGGGGACAACACCGUAGAUUUGCUGAUUGAAGAUCAGCUCUUGAGGCACAAUGACAACAAUUUUCACAGCUUCAAGAGAAAGUCUGCUCCACUGGGAGGGCCACCAGAACUCACAGACAUCGACCCCAUGGUGGGGUACAGCACGCAACCCACCCCUGCCACUGUAGCCCCGGCCACAGCUGCUUUGCCAUUGUCCUCUGAGGUCACAUCCCCCUCCACUCAACCAACACCGCCACUCACCACUGAAAUCCAGAUCCCUACCGUGCCAGAGAACACCACUGUCGAAGCAGCCAUUGCCACAAGCAGGCCAGUAGAUGAGCCGGCCAGUUGGCCAGCAACCACCAGGGCCCAAAUCAGCACACCAGUACCCACCACCUCAGAGAACAUUCACACAACCAACACUGAUCAACCCACAGCUGCUAUCACCACCACCAUGGUCCAAACCUCCAUCACAGCUGAGACUAGCACAGCUGCCACAAUGAGUAAGGAGUCCAGUACUACUGUACAAGUGACUGCCCCUCCAACACCAACCAGCUCUGGGCUUCCUGCAACCCCGAAACAGACCUUGGAGGAAGAAGAUGUGAGGAACAUCAUUGGACGAUGCAAAGACACUCUCUCCACCAUCUCAGGGCCCUUUACCCAGAACACCUAUGGGCGGAACGAAGGGGCUUGGAUGAAGGACCCUUUAGCUAAAGAGGAGCGAAUCUAUGUUACAAACUACUACUAUGGGAACACGCUGGUGGAGUUCCGAAACCUGGAGAAUUUCAAGCAAGGCCGCUGGAGCAACUCCUACAAACUCCCAUACAGUUGGAUUGGAACGGGCCAUGCCGUCUACAAUGGCUCUUUCUAUUACAACCGGGCCUUCACGCGCAACAUCAUUAAGUAUGACCUGAAGCAGAGGUAUGUGGCUGCCUGGGCUAUGCUGCAUGACGUGGCCUAUGAGGAGUCCACGCCGUGGCGGUGGCGGGGCCACUCUGAUGUGGACUUUGCUGUGGAUGAGAAUGGCCUGUGGGUCGUUUACCCAGCCAUUAGCUAUGAUGGCUUCAACCAGGAGGUGAUUGUUCUGAGCAAACUGAAUGCGAUGGACCUGAGCACCCAGAAGGAGACCACAUGGAGGACAGGCCUGAGGAAGAACUUCUAUGGGAACUGCUUCGUCAUCUGUGGUGUCCUUUAUGCUGUGGACAGCUACAACAAGAAGAACGCCAACAUCUCUUAUGCCUUUGACACACACACCAACACGCAGAUCAUCCCCCGGCUACUCUUUGAGAACGAGUACUCCUACACCACCCAGAUAGACUAUAAUCCCAAGGAUCGCCUCCUUUAUGCCUGGGACAAUGGUCACCAAGUCACUUACCAUGUGAUUUUUGCAUACUGAGACAGCAGUGAUGGAGACUCUUAAAGGGCCACUAGCACCUUUUAUUAUUAUUAUAAUUAUUAUUUUGUACAAAUCAAAGAGUAAAUGAUGUUCUUUUUUUUUUUUUAAAGGUGGAUUGUAGAUCAGUCCACAGGCCAGAAUCAACCCCUUUAUUUUUUGGUGUAACCUUGCUUCUGUUUUAUGCUGAGAAUGCUGCCUCUUGUCCCACACAGAAGGAUAUUCCUUUGUUGUCAGUCUGAAUAGGGGUGGCUCCUCCUGGAAAAAGAGAAUCCUAUUUCCUUUAUAAUUGUUCAUGUAAAGGUUGUGAUGGAAAAGGGUGAAACAUGAAUACAGCUACAGUUACUUUUUAAAUAAAAAAUACGUAGUAAAAAUGAAUAAAAAAUAGACUUUUGGCUUAGCACCAAUGUACCCGAGGCAAGGUGCUUGCAAGUCCUUUCCUCUUGGAGAUUGCUAAUACGUUGUCUUAUGUUGGUUCUUGUCUUCGCUGAGUUAGCUUUGUGACCGUUUCGUCACAUUGAUGUGUUUCUCAUUCAUUUUCAGCACUGCCUGGUCCUCCUUGUGAGUGGAGGUCUGGGAGCCAGCAUUGCUAUAAAUCACUUCUCGAAUUCUACGCAAUUACCAUAGGUCUGCUGCUUCCUCUUUGCAAGCUCUGCUCACUUCCUCCCUGUGCCCAGACCAUGCACACAUGUGCAAGAGCAGAGCUCCCAUUAGUGUAGAUUCUUACACACAACCGGAUGGUGCAAUGGAGCACUGCCGGGGUGACCAGAAUGUGUCAAGAGGAGAGCCAGCCUGGUGGGUCUUUCCAGCAGCAGAAGGGAGCUGCACUGUAAAUUUGUAGAUACUUUUUUAACCCCAGACAGACACCCAGUGUUUGCUUUGUCUUGGAUCUGGGCAGAAGCUCAGCUUUGACUCCCGGUCAAAUGCAGGACAGUAAAACCCAAGAGCCAAGCAGUGUUGACACCAUUUGCAGUCACAGGGACUUCCAUCCCUGCUUUGAGGGUGUUGUGUCCUAACAGCUCCCCUCCCCUUUUGGCUGCACUGGGGCACACUGGAAGCCCAGGAGGCUGCUUUGUGAUGAACUUCACUAGAUGAUUUACCUACUGUAGUGUCCCCAGUUCAUGUCCAAGGCUUGCUUCUGGCCUGCGAUGGCCUUUUUCUGUAACCCAUGCCCCAUUCUGCGGACUUGUUAUUGCAAGUCAGCCAUUUUGGAGCCCCUGUACUCUUUAUUGCAUACUUUCAGUAAUAAACAUUCAAGCACCUUUG